AUGCCAACGACGCGACUCGGCCUCCACCAUCUCGAACGACUGCAUGCGAGGGGACUUUUUCGAUCACUGUUGUUUGGUACAGGGUUUGAAAAGUCGGACAAGAAGUCAUCCAUCAACAUGGCUUCAAGACCAGAGCUGAAGCUCGACGAUGAGGGCGGCUUCAUUCGAUUCUUCAAGUCGCUUCCCGAUGAAGGAGAGGACACCAUCAGGAUAUUCGACCGCGGUGAUUGGUACACAGCACACGGCGACAAUGCCUCAUUCAUUGCAAAGACGGUCUACAAAACGACGUCUGUCCUCCGCCAAUUAGGUCGAAACGAUCAUACCGGACUCCCGUCUGUAACGAUGACCGUCACUGUUUUUCGCCAAUUUAUUCGAGAAGCUCUAUUCAAGCUCGGUAAACGAAUCGAAAUAUGGGAGAGCGCCAGCGGACGCAUGAACUGGAAGUGUGUCAAGCAGGCUUCCCCGGGUAAUCUGCAAGACAUUGAAGACGAUCUUGGUGGUCAAAUCGAGUCUGCUCCAAUGAUUAUAGCCGUCAAAAUAUCCGCCAAGGCAUCUGAUGCUCGGAAUGUUGGUGUGUGCUUCGCAGAUGCCAGCGUGAGGGAACUGGGUGUCAGCGAGUUUCUAGACAACGACCUCUAUUCCAACUUUGAAUCUCUGCUCAUCCAACUGGGCGUGAGGGAGUGCGUUAUUCAGAUCGAUAAAAGCGAGAAGGAUAAAGACCCAGAGUUAGCCAAACUGAGACAAAUCAUUGACAACUGCGGAGUGGCCAUUGCAGAGCGACCGGCAGGGGACUUUGGCACCCGAGAUAUCGAGCAGGACCUUGCCCGACUGCUGAAGGAUGACAAGUCUGUCAAUCUUCUCCCCCAGACUGAUCUCAAACUUGCAAUGGGAUCUGCUGCAUCCCUCAUCAAGUAUCUUGGCGUCCUCCAAGACUCGUCCAAUUUUGGCCAAUACCAGCUCUACCAGCACGACUUGGCACACUUCAUGAAGUUGGAUGCAGCUGCUCUCAAGGCUCUGAAUUUGAUGCCUGGUCCCCGUGACGGAUCAAAGACAAUGAGCAUUUACGGCGUGCUCAAUCAUUGCAAGACGCCGGUAGGCAGCCGCUUGCUGGCUCAGUGGUUAAAGCAGCCCUUAAUGGACAAGGACGAGAUUGAGAAACGCCAGCAGCUGGUCGAGGCAUUCUUUACCGACACUGAGUUGAGACAAACAAUGCAAGAAGAACAUUUGCGUUCCGUUCCAGACCUCUAUCGCCUGUCCAAACGGUUCCAGCGAGGCAAGGCCAACUUGGAGGAUGUUGUCCGGGCUUACCAGGUGGUCAUUCGACUACCUGGGUUUAUUGGCACGCUCGAGGGCGUCAUGGACGAAGCUUAUCGGGAUCCACUGGACGCAGCAUACACCACCAAGCUGCACGACCUGUCUGACAGUCUCGGCAAGCUGCAAGACAUGGUGGAACAAACAGUUGACUUGGACGCUCUCGACAGACAUGAGUACAUAAUCAAGUCCGAGUAUGACCAGGGGUUGCGAAUCAUCCGCAAGAAGCUGGAUCAGCUCGACCGCGAUAUCAGGGCAGAGUUCCAUGAGGCUGCCCGUGAUCUGGGUCAAGAGGCAGACAAGAAGAUCUUCCUGGAGACCAGCCACAAAGUACACGGAGUAUGCAUGAGGUUGACCAGGCAAGAAGCCGGUUGUAUUCGAAAUAAUUCCAGGUAUCAGGAGUGCUCCACACAGAAAAACGGCGUAUACUUCACCACAAAGAAGAUGCAGUCAUACCGACGAGAGUAUGAUCAGUUAUCACAAAACUAUAACAGAACCCAGAGCAGUUUGGUCCAUGAGGUAGUUCAGGUCGCCUCAUCAUACUGCCCUGUGUUGGAACGACUCGCCGGGGUACUGGCCCAUCUUGACGUGAUUGUUUCCCUCGCUCAUUGCUCUGUUCACGCACCAGAAGCAUAUGUCCGACCCAAGAUUCAUCCCCGAGGCGAGGGCCAAACAAGGCUGGUCGGUGCCCGCCACCCUUGUAUGGAACUACAGGAUGACGUGCAAUUCAUCACCAACGACGUCGAAUUCACCAGAGACAAGUCGUCAUUUCUCAUUAUCACUGGGCCUAACAUGGGCGGCAAGUCCACUUACAUCCGCCAAGCUGGUGUGAUCGCCCUAAUGGCUCAGGUCGGUUGCUUUGUGCCUUGUACCGAGGCAGAGCUCACCAUAUUUGAUUCUAUCCUUGCUCGUGUUGGCGCCAGUGACUCCCAGCUAAAGGGUGUAUCUACAUUCAUGGCAGAGAUGCUGGAGACAGCAAACAUUCUGAAAUCCGCCACAAAAGAAUCCCUCAUCAUUAUUGACGAACUGGGACGAGGAACGUCCACCUACGAUGGGUUUGGUCUCGCCUGGGCUAUUUCCGAACACAUUGUCAAAGAAAUCGGCUGCUUUGCUAUGUUUGCCACCCAUUUCCAUGAACUUACCGCCCUGGCAGAGCAGUACCCUCAAGUGCGCAACCUUCACGUCACGGCACACAUCAGUGGAACAGGACAGGACAACAGCAAGCGAGAAGUGACCCUUUUGUACAAGGUCGAACCGGGUAUUUGCGACCAGAGUUUCGGCAUUCAUGUGGCUGAGCUGGUACGCUUCCCGGACAAGGUAGUUCGCAUGGCGAAGCGCAAGGCCGAUGAAUUGGAGGACUUCACUACAAAGCACGAGGACAAUACCCUGUCUUACAGCAAAGAAGAUGUUGAAGAGGGCAGCGCAAUGCUCAAACAGCUAUUGGUACAGUGGAAAGAGCAGGUCAACAAUGGAGAGAUGAGCCAGGAAGAAAAGGUCGCUAAGCUGAAGGAGCUUGUGGCGGCUGACUCGAAGUUGCUGGCGAAUCCCUUUUUCCAGUCCGUCAAGGCUUUGUAA